AUCAUUCUGCUACAAUCAAUGCUGACUCCAGAGUUUCAGAUAUCCCAAAAUGCUCAUACAGAUACUUGGAUUAUUGUCAGUAUUGCAACGUGUUCUAGGUUCCGCCACUGACCUGGAAAAGGAUUGCAGCAAUGCGACCCACGACUUGCACACUAGAAAUGCCACAAUGCCAAAAGGCACGUUUUCCUUGCCUUUCCGAACAGAUUUGAUGACAAAGGAGGAAUGUAUUACCUUUGCGACCAUCGGUGAAGGACGUAUCUGCUCGCUGGUGUCGGACAUCGACAGCUGCAACUUUACCACACAAGAUUUCUACUACAAAUAUCACGCCCUGUCCAGAACCUACUUGGAAGUCGAAUGCGAACAAGCGGAUCGGUCAGACAUAAUGCAGUUAACACGCAACAUCAGCAGAAUUAGUCCGAACCGCGCUGUGACCAUUGAGCUGGUGGAGAAAAGCGAUCCCAGCGGCCAUGUGCAUUUCGACGUCAUAGAGCCCAUUCGGUGGCAAAUCGUUGGGCUGACCGUUAUUUCUAAUACGUCCAUGACAACGUUGAAGGUCUACGAAGCUGGUACCUUACCUCGGUUAUUGCGCAUCGAAGUGGAGUAUGGCUACAAUCUGGUUGUGAAAAAGAAGGAUGUGUCCCGCAUGCCGCAAAUACGGAUGAUUUGCUUCAGAUUGUCCAACAUCAAAACACUGGAACAAUACACAUUUAUGGACUUGCCGCAUUUGGAAAGUCUGAUGUUGGAGAAAGAGAUUAGUCGUGAGUUGGACCUUAAGGAAUGGUAUGCUGGACGAAACCGCACCUAUGACUCGAGGUUCAUUACCAGCGGUGGUGUCCAUAAAGUGUGGCGACUGCAUUGCGGUUGCUCAUUUGCCUGGCUACGGAAUUUCCUGAAGCAGAAGCCACACAAAUGUUUAACUUACCUCUGCUACAAAGCGAACACAGCUCUCCGUGAUCAGAGUUUUGGCAGUAAUGGAAACAGCGGGAGGCUUUUCGCUUUGAGCGUAGGAAGUGAUUUUAGGCUGGUUCUUCUGCACAAUCGGCCUGCAAGACUCCUUGACAUGUCGGGAUAAAUGAGACGUUCCAUUUCCGGACGUGUGCUUGAGAAUGUCUUUGCAUCCAGUACAGCAGACAUAUGGAACGAUGUCUCCAGAUUCAGUUUCGUAAAUCUCCAUAAAGUUCUCCCAUGCCUUUGAACGCUUUCUAGUCUGCCGUUUUGACAGGCUUCCAUCGUUCAAACCACUUGAUAUAUCUCCGCGCUUAUAAACUUUUGCAGAAAAAGAACGCAAACGCUUUUUACCAGAAUCGUUUGUAGAUGUCUCUUCAUCGCUAGAAAUCUCU